CCCGACAAGGGGAAAACUGGCUGAGCUUCCCCGCGGCCUGCCCUGCCCCCGCCCUAUUCUCAGAGCUCUGCGCACUUGGCCUCCAGCCGUCAGCCUCGCAGUCGCAUCCUGAGGCCCGGUCGGGGUUCUAAAUGGAGAGAAUGACCAAAACAGAGAAGGGGAGCGGGGAAACCAGUUGGGCUCUGCGUGGUGCCCUGGCCGCGGUGGCUCUGCUUUCCGCGCUCAAUGCGGUGGGCACGGUCUUCGCGCUGUGCCAGUGGCGCAGACUGAGCGAGGCGCUGCGGGCGCUGGAGACGGAGAGGGUUCAGCAGGCGAGGGAGGACAGCGCCCUCCGCACCUUCCUUCAGGAGCUAAGCAGGGCGCCUCGCAACGUUCCGGGCAACCCCGAGCCAGAUCUCCCCGGGGCGGCGCGGAACAAACGCAGUCACACUGGGGAGUCCCAGCCGCAUAUCCGGGCGGAGAACCAGGACAUGCUGAUGAUGAUGACUUACUCCAUGGUGCCGGUUCGGGUGAUGUUGGAUUUAUGUAAUAGCACCAAAGGGAUCUGCUUAACAGGACCACCUGGACUACCAGGACCUCCAGGAAUGAAUGGGUUACCAGGACACAAUGGAUCAGAUGGACUGCCAGGCAUUCAAGGACCAAGGGGAGAAAAAGGAGCAAAUGGGAAAAAAGGAAAAAUGGGGUUGCCUGGGCCCAUGGGACAUCAAGGGGAGAAAGGAGAAAAGGGAGACCCUGGUGAAUUGGGCUUGCCUGGAAAUGAUGGUCUCCCAGGAGAAAAAGGUGAAAGAGGAGAGAAAGGAGACAAAGGAGACCCAUCCAAUGAUGUGCUUCCUACAGGUGCCAAAGGUGACCAAGGUCCCCCAGGCCUCCCUGGCCCUCCUGGACCCCCUGGCCCUCAAGGUCCACCUGGCCCACCUGGAAGUAGAAGAGCCAAAGCCCAACGCCAGCCAAAUAUGUUUAAUGGCCAAUGCACAGGUGACGCCUGUGCAGUACCAAAUGAUGACACACUGGCAGGAAAACCAGAUGAGAAAGCAAAUGAACACCAUUCUCCACAAGCUGAAUGCAUCAUUGCAUCUAUUGGAAGUCCAACCGAGGUGAUAAAAGUUAAGGACACAUUUGGAACUUGGAUGAAAGAAUCAGUGAAUAAGAGUGAUGAACGAAUUUGGGUGACUGAACAUUUCUCAGGCCACAUUGUGAAAGAAUUUAAGGAUCAAGUCUCCCUUCAGAACAGCAGUUACAAGCCCAUUCACCUCAGGUACUUAUUCUACGGCUGUGGGCAUGCUGUCUAUAACAACUACCUCUACUAUCAGAAAGGAGGCUCCAAUAUCAUUGUGAGAUUUGAAUUUGCAACAGAAACAUCUGAGACACUGAAGAUUGAAAAUGCCUUGCACUCGGGUCGAAAUUAUCUCUUUGUAAACUCAAAAACAUACUUCAAUUUCGCAGUUGAUGAAAAGGGCCUUUGGAUUAUCUAUGCUUCAAGUUUGGAUGGGUCCAGUAUCUUUGUGGCCCAACUAGAGCAAAGUACCUUCUCGGUCAUUCAACAUAUCAACACCACGUACCCCAAAUCCAAAGCAGGCAAUGCUUUUGUAGCCUGUGGCGUCCUCUAUGUCACGGACACCAAAGACAUGAAGAUAACCUUUGCUUUUGAUUUGUUAAAGGGGAAACAGAUCAAUGUGAGUUUUGACCUAAGAACUUCACAGUCUGUUCUUGCCAUGUUAGCUUACAACUUGAGAGAUCAGCAUCUAUAUACAUGGGAAGAUGGCUAUUUAAUGCUAUAUCCUGUUCAGUUUUUGUAAGCCAUGGGAAAUAAAUGAUGAUUCUUUCAGAAUGGUC